GAACAAAAGAUUCUGUGACUCUGACUUUGUUCAUUUACGUUUUUGGUCGACGUAACGAGAAUUUCACAUCUACAAGCAAAUGUGUGAGGAGCUGAAAGGCCACGGCGUUAUACUUACGGCGGUCGAAUUGAAAAACCGGAUCAAUAAUCUCUCUCGGAAGUACAGCACUCGCGAUUUGAUGGAUGAGGUGAUUGGUUCCGAUGAUGACUACUGCGAUGCUGAGUAUUUAGAUGAAGCGUACAACCCGGAGAACGACACAUUCGCUCAAUCUAUGUUUAUGUCACCUUCUGCGCCGACAUCAUCAGUAUCAUCGCCAUCACCAACACUGCCAUCAUCAAGCCGCAGGCAUUCCGCUCCUAAAAAGAGAAAACAAAAUGUGCAGGAAAAAUUGUUGGAAUUGGCUAUAAAAGAAAACGAAAAUAUGGUAACUUUUAUGGAGUAUUCCAAGACUACAGAUCUUCAAAUAAUCGAGCUCAUGAAAGAAAAUAACGCGUUGAUGAGCAAGCUGGUCGAUAAAAUUUGA